CUGGGCGGUUUGUACAUGCUGGUGGUGGCCGCGUCGCUUUGUGGUAGAGGCGUAGAGCUGGUGGGGUGGGAUGUACCGCGCUCCCGGUGGAAGCAGAGGAGCCGAGCGGGAACCAUGGUGAGUUCCGCCUUCCGGCCUCUUGGGCGAUCUCAGGCCCAGGCCUUAACCUCUGCUCAAGGUCUGGGAGGAGAGGAGCCGCAGAUGUCUCCCUAAUGCGACUCAGAGCUGGGGGUGUAGCGCCCCGGAGAGUCACCCUCUGGGACACAGAGCUGUUGCCUCACCCCUCUCGGGCCUUUGUGCCUGCCGUCCAUGGGGCUCGGAGGCCAGUACAGUGGUAGCAGUUGGACUGACCAUUGCUGCUGCAGGAUUUGCAGGCCGUUACGCUUUGCAAGCCAUGAAGCAUAUGGAGCCUCAAGUAAAACAAGCUUUUCAAAGUCUACCAAAAUCUGCCUUCAGUGGUGGCUAUUACAGAGGUGGGUUUGAACCCAAAAUGACAAAACGGGAAGCAGCAUUAAUACUAGGUGUAAGCCCUACUGCCAAUAAGGGAAAAAUAAGAGAUGCUCAUCGACGAAUUAUGCUUUUAAAUCACCCAGACAAGGGAGGAUCUCCUUAUAUAGCAGCCAAAAUCAAUGAAGCUAAAGAUUUACUAGAAGGUCAAGCUAAAAAGUGAAGUAAAUGUAUGAUGAAUUUUAAGUUCCUAUUCAUUUAUGUAUAUGAGGACCAGCUUUUUAUAAUAAAAUGCCUCAAAGCUACAUAUUUUAAAAAUUAACAUAAGCUAAAUGAAAACCUUGGUAUAAAUUUGAGGAUUUAAAAUCGGAUUAUAGAAUAUUUGUAGGUUAAUAAUAAUUAUGGAUAAGUGCACGCCAUUUGAAGUGUUUGUUACUCAUUUGUCAAAUAAUUUGGUACCUAUGUCAAGACAAAGUGAACAAGAUAGUCUCUCCCUGAAGGAAUCCCCAAUCUGAUGGGAGAUUGAUAAACUGUUAAUUAAAAUACAAUGUGAAAAUAAUUAAAAUACAAUGUGAUAAAUAUGAUGGAAUUAGCACAAGUUGUUAUAGUAGGGGCUCAUCUCAUUAAGACAGGUGGCUGUUCAAGGUACAGAGGACUCCCCCAGCCACUUAGAACCUUGAACUUAAAAGUGAAUUUAGGGCUUCCCUGGUGGCGCAGUGGUCGAGAGUCCACCUGCCGAUGCAGGGAACACGGGUCCGUGCCCCGGUCCAGGAAGAUCCCACAUGCCGCGGAGUGGCUGGGCCCGUGAGCCAUGGCCGGUGAGCCUGCGCGUCCAGAACCUGUGCUUCGCAACGGGAGAGGCCACAACAGUGAGAGGCCCGCGUGCCGCAAAAAAAAAAAAAAGUGAAUUUAGCCACAACUUAACCUGAGAAAUUGAUCUAGGUAUGUAUUUAUCACUUUGUCAGUGAUAAAUCUGAAUUGUUUCAGAUUUCAUACAGUAAAAACUGUAACAGUAUGAUAAAGAUUUGAGAAUACAAGUCCUGUUUUUAAUCAAGAAAGUAUGUAUAUUUUAUUUAGCUAACCCCUUAAAGAGACUGACCAUUUAUAAACUACUUUAUAUUUUUACAUAAUCGUUUCACAUCUGUUAAAACACAAUUAGUGAAACUGAAAAGCUCUCAGUUAUCAAAAUAUAAUGAAGGACUCGAUAAUUCAUACACUGAUAUAUUUAAAUGACAUUUCAGGGUAAAUAGCUAUUGGUCUAACAAAAAAUAUCUAAGGAUAACCAGAGGACCUACCUAAAACAUGUGAGGUUAAGACAGCUAUUUUGUGGUCAGCCAGAAUACUUAAUUUUCAGUUCUAAGAUGAUAAAUACUACUACCUACAAUCUAAACUUUCUUAAAUCAUCCUAAAGUUCAUAAUUGUUAAUGGGGAACACAAAGACUUUCAAGGUCAAAAUAAUGGAGGUGGUCAUAUUUAGCACUGGAAUGUGUUUAGGGACAUUUCAAAAUGGAGGUGUAUCUGCUUUUAUUUUCCAUCCCAUUUCCUCAUUCAAAAUCUGAUCAAGUUCAUUUGUCAUGAUUUAGAGUAUGACGAAGCACUUGGCUAUUUCCAGGGACAAGGGGGUAUGAAGGUACAGCUGAUUCAUGUUAUUCAAAGUAGUUGUGUUGUAUAAAGUCACUGAGAAUACUAAAUUAGUGAAUCCUGAACCACUGUUCAUAGGGGUUUCCUGUGAGCCUCUGGUCACAAUAUUUUUGUCAACCAGUAAAUAUAUAACCUUGUUUACAAGUG